AGGGAGGCGUGCGAAGGCAUCAGCUGGUUGCCGAUGACAGAGCAGCGGGAGGGUUGGCGCACCAGCCGCCAUGGGGGAAACGGAGAAGUUCUACUAUGUGUACAGCUGCGAUCUGGACCUGAACGUGCAGCUGAAGAUAGGCAGCUUGGAAGGGAAGAGAGAGCAGAAGAGCUACAAAGCAGUUUUGGAAAAUCCCAUGCUGAGGUUCUCUGGGUUGUACCAAGAAACGUGUUCUGACCUAUAUGUCACCUGCCAGGUGUUUGCAGAAGGAAAGCCUCUUGCUCUCCCUGUCCGGACGUCCUACAAAGCUUUUAGCACCAGGUGGAACUGGAAUGAAUGGUUAAAGCUGCCAGUUAAAUACCCUGAUUUGCCCCGAAAUGCUCAGGUGGCCUUCACAAUAUGGGACAUCUAUGGACCUGGGAAAGCAGUCCCUGUGGGUGGCACCACGGUCUCUCUCUUUGGGAAAUAUGGGAUGUUCCGUCAAGGAAUGCAUGAUCUCAAAGUAUGGCCCAAUGUGGAAGCAGAUGGUUCUGAGCCCACCAAGACUCCUGGGAAAACAAGCAGUACAUUUUCAGAAGACAAGAUGAGUCGGUUAGCCAAGGCCUCAGGCGAGGAACAUUUGGAGGAACUCACCAAAUCUCACAGGCAAGGGCACAUGGUCAAAGUCGAUUGGCUGGAUAGGUUGACCUUUCGAGAAAUUGAAAUGAUCAAUGAGGGAGGCAAGGAGACGGCCUGCACCGCAUCUUCCUCCGAGCUGAGCCCCGCCGACUCACAGAUCAUCACCAGCCCUCUGCCCCUCAUUUCUUCCCCGCUACCAACGGCAAAAACGAAAGAAUCGGCUGAGAAUGAAAACCUUGAGCAAGACCUUUGUACAUUCUUAAUAUCACGAGCAUGCAAGAACUCCACACUGGGAAACUAUUUGUACUGGUACGUGAUUGUGGAGUGUGAAGACCGAGACACACAACAGAGAGAUCCCAAAACACAUGAAAUGUACCUCAACGUCAUGCGUAGGUUUAGUCAAGCCCUCCUCAAGGGUGACAAAUCAGUCCGGGUGAUGCGAUCCUUAUUGGCCGCCCAACAGACUUUUGUAGAUCGGUUGGUCCAUGUAAUGAAAGCCGUGCACCGUGAAAAUGGAAACCGGAAAAAAAAGAAUGAUAGAUUGCAGACUCUCCUGGCAGACAAUGAAAAGAUGAACUUAUCAGAUAUUGAACCCAUUCCUCUGCCUCUCGAACCCCAAGUAAAAAUUAGAGGAAUAAUCCCUGAGAAAGCCACUCUGUUCAAGAGUGCCCUCAUGCCGGCUCAGCUGUUCUUCAAGACUGAAGAUGGGGAUAGCUACCCUGUAAUCUUCAAACACGGAGAUGAUUUACGCCAAGAUCAACUCAUUCUCCAGAUCAUUUCGCUGAUGGACAAGCUCUUACGCAAGGAGAACCUGGAUUUGAAGUUGACUCCCUACAAAGUGUUGGCUACAAGUACCAAACAUGGUUUCAUGCAGUUCAUCCAGUCGGUACCGGUGGCAGAGGUUCUCGCAACUGAAGAAAGCAUCCAGAACUUCUUCCGGAAAUACGCCCCGAGUGAAACCGGGCCCCACGGCAUAAGCGCGGAAGUCAUGGACACCUAUGUGAAAAGUUGCGCUGGGUAUUGUGUGAUCACAUAUAUACUUGGAGUUGGGGACAGGCAUCUGGAUAAUCUUUUACUCACCAAAACAGGCAAACUUUUCCACAUUGAUUUUGGCUACAUUCUGGGACGUGACCCGAAGCCUCUUCCUCCACCCAUGAAGCUGAAUAAGGAAAUGGUGGAAGGAAUGGGAGGGACGCAGAGCGAGCAGUACCAGGAGUUUCGCAAGCAAUGCUACACGGCCUUCCUUCACCUGCGCAGAUAUUCCAACUUGAUUUUGAACUUGUUCUCUCUGAUGGUUGAUGCCAACAUUCCAGAUAUCGCUCUUGAACCGGACAAGACUGUCAAAAAAGUUCAGGACAAGUUCCGUCUGGACCUGUCUGAUGAGGAAGCUGUCCACUACAUGCAGAGCCUGAUUGACGAGAGCGUCCAUGCCCUUUUUGCAGCGAUGGUGGAACAGAUCCACAAGUUUGCUCAGUACUGGAGAAAAUGAGACCUCAUCACUUCUGAAAGCAAAAAAAAUAAUCCAGCUGCUUCCUGAAACUGCUCAAGAUAACAUCCUACAAGGAUGCAAUUUUUCUACCAUGGAUAGUGAAUUUAUCCAGAAUUGCCAUUCUAAUCUAGGGCAAAGGUGUAUGUUCCUCACUCUGGGCUAUCAGACACAGUUUUGAAAAAAAAAAAAAAAAGGCCCAUGCUGCCCAGAACCACAAUGACAAGAAGAAAAUAAAUGUCCGAUGUUUUUUGAAGGACAUAUGUGCACUUAUUAAUGUGGUCCCGCUAGAAGAACACAACUAUGGAGAGAUACGUGUGGCCAAAGCUUAUGAACUUGGAAUGGAAAUUUGGUGUUAUUUCUAAAACUUGAGUUGGACC